GAUAUAGUCAAAAUGGGUUCUCAUUGUUGGACGGAAGGAAUAGUACAUAAUAGGCCACCAUUUUUACCGUUGGAUUGAUCACAUCAUACAAUGAUACCAUGUACCGACCACACAUAAUAAUUUUCCCAAUUCCCUCCACAAUCCAAAUCAACUCUCUCUCAAUGGUCUUUCCUCGAACACCUCGUGUGCAAUAGAAAUUGAACCAGAUUACGCACGCCAAGAAAAAUUGCUUGCAACGGUUGAGAUCGGAGUCAUAAUGUUUUCGACGUCUGCGCAAAAUGAUGCUUUACAAGGCGGUGGUGGAGAUGCAGGCAGAAGCUUCUUCGAGGUGAAGAUUGAGAGCAAAUCAUUCAUAAAAGCAUUGUAGCAACAUGAUUCUGAAAAAUCUUCCGCCGGACCUCAGGAUUUCAAUGUGUCUGCCGGCGAUAAUGUCCGCUGCACGUGAAAGAGAUGAUGGUGGUUGAUGACUAAGGGUUGGAGAUUGGAGCAUCCUUCAAAACAGUAGUAACAAACUUGUGCUGAAAUUCUACAAAACAAGGCUAACUAAUGGAAUACCUUUAUGGAGUUGCGUCUGCUGUUUCAAGAGAUUUGGUGUGUGGUGUAAUAGGUCAAUUACGUUAUCCCUGCUGCUUCAACAAAUUUGUUCAAGACCUCGCAAAAGAAGAAGGUAAUUUGGCUGCAACAAGAGAUGGUGUCCAAGACCGCGUUACACAAGCCAAGAAGCAAACUAGGAAGACUGCUGAGGUUGUUGAUAGGUGGUUGAAGGAUGCUAACCAUGUCAUGGACGAUGUUGAUCAGUUACUACAAAUGGCAAAAACAGAAAAUAACUCAUGUCUCGGGCACUGUCCAAAUUUGAUUUGGCGAUACCGUGUAGGCAGGAAGUUAGCAAAUAAAAAAAGAGACCUUAAACUGCGCAUUGAAGAAGGUAGACAAUAUAUACAGAUUGAACGCCCUGCUUCACUUUCAGCAGGCUAUUUUUCUUCUGAAAAAUGUUGGGAGUUUGAUAGUAGAAAACCUGCUUAUGAGGAACUUAUGCGUGCUUUGGAAGAUGAUGAUGUUACUAUGAUUGGAUUGUAUGGGAUGGGGGGUUGUGGUAAAACAAUGCUUACAAUGGAAGUAGGCAAGAGAUGUGGUCAUCUUUUUGAUCAAGUGGUUUUUGUGCCUAUAUCUAGUACUGUAGACUUGGAAAGGAUCCAGGAAAAAAUUGCAGGCUCUCUUGAAUUUGAAUUCCAAGAAAAAGACGAAAUGGACAGAUCACAACGCUUAUGCAUGAGGUUCAGACAAGAAGAUAGGGUUCUUGUGAUUCUGGAUGAUGUGUGGCAGAUGCUAGAUUUUGAUGCCAUAGGGAUUCCUUCUAGUGAACAUCAUAAAGGUUGCAAGGUUCUCAUUAGCAGUAGAUCUGAAGCAGUUUGUACUUUGAUGGAUUGCCAGAAAAAAAUUCAUCUAUCAACACUAACCAAUGAUGAAACGUGGGAUCUUUUCCAAAAGCAAGCACUAAUAUCUGAAUGCACUUCGAUUACUGUACAGAGUUUGGCAAGACAAAUUUCAAAUGAAUGUAAAGGCUUGCCCGUCGCCAUUGUAGCAGUGGCUAGCAGCUUGAAAGGUAAGGCUGAGGUGGAAUGGAAGGUUGCAUUGAAUAGAUUGAGAAGUUCGAAACCUGUUAAUAUCGAAAAAGGUUUGCAAAACCCGUACACAUGCUUGCAGUUAAGCUAUGAUAAUCUGGACACUGAAGAGGCCAAGUCACUAUUCUUGUUGUGUUCCGUGUUUCCUGAAGAUUGUGAAAUUCCUGUGGAGUUUUUAACUAGGUCUGCAAUAGGGCUAGGCAUAGUUGGAGAAGUUCACUCAUAUGAAGGGGCAAGGGAUGAAGUGAGUGUGGCGAAAAAUAAGCUCAUAAGUUCUUGUUUGUUGCUAGAUGUUGAUGAAGGAAAAUGUGUCAAAAUGCAUGACUUAGUUCGCAAUGUAGCUCAUUGGAUUGCGCAGAAUGAGAUUAAAUGUGCCUCGAAGAAGGAUGUUAUGACUUUGGAACAUACUUCACUAAGAUAUCUAUGGUGUGAGAAAUUUCCAAAUAAUUUGUAUUGUUCCAGUCUUGACUUUCUACACAUUCACACACUUACACAAGUAUCAGAUGAAACUUUCAAAGGAAUGGGAAUGCUCAGAGUUUUGUUUCUUUACAACAAGGGUCGGGAGAGAAUGCCAUUGUUGACUACAUCGUUAAAAUCGUUGAUGAAUCUUCGUUGCUUACUCCUGAGUAAAUGGGAUUUAGUUGAUAUCUCGUUUGUGGGAGAUAUGAAGAAACUUGAAAGUCUUACAUUGUGUUAUUGUUCAUUCCUUGAAUUACCUGAUGUUGUUACAGAAUUGACUAACUUGAGAUUGUUGGAUUUGUCAGAAUGUGACAUGAAAAUGAAUCCGUUCGAAGUGAUUGGGAGACACAGACAGCUGGAAGAAUUGUACUUUACUGACUGUAGAUCAAAAUGGGAAGUUGAAUUCUUAAAAGAGUUUAGUGCCCCCCAAGUAUUACAGAGGUAUCAAAUACAAUUAGGAAGCAUGUUUUUCGGUUUCCAAGAAGCGUUUCUCAAUCAUCACAGAACUUUGUUUCUCAGUUAUUUGGAUGUAUAUAAUGCCGCGACCGCGAUCAAGGAUUUGGCUGAAAAGGCAGAGGUCUUGUGUAUAGCCGGUAUUGAGGGAGGUGCUAAAAGUAUCAUGCCUGACAUAUUUCGAAGUAUGAACCAUUUAACUGAGCUUUGGAUACGCGAUUCUAAGGGGAUAGAGUGUUUGGUUGACACUUGUCUGAUCGAGGUAGGAACUCUCUUCUUCUGCAAGUUGCAUUGGUUGAGAAUUGAGCACAUGGAGCAUCUGGGAGCUUUAUACAAUGGUCGAAUGCCUCUAGGUGGCCAUUUUGAGAAUUUAGAAGACCUAUAUAUAAGCCAUUGUCCAAAGCUAACAUGUCUCUUCACACUUGCAGUUGCUCAAAAUCUGGCACAACUUGAGAAUUUACAAGUAUUAUCUUGCCAUGCACUGAAGCAUAUACUAAUUGAUGACGAUGAUGAUAGAGAGGAGAUAAUUGUAUAUGAUCACAGACCGUUGUUUCCAAAAUUAAAAAGGCUUCAUGUUAGAGAGUGUAGUGAGCUGGAAUACAUAAUCCCAAUCACGUUAGCUCAUGGUCUUGUACUUUUGGAGUGUUUGGAAAUCGUAUGUAAUCAGAAGUUGAGAUAUAUAUUUGGCCAAAGCACACACAAAGCUGCUCAGAAUCAGAAUCAAGUCAAGAUCGAGCUGUCGGCCCUGGAAGAGCUUACUCUUGUUAUGUUGCCAAAUAUCAAUAGCAUUUGUCCCGAAGAUUGUUAUCUAAUGUGGCCAUCCCUGCUCAGUUUCAAUUUGCGAAAUUGUGCAGAGUUUUUCAUGGUGUCUAUCAAUACUUGCAUGGCUUUACACAACAAUCCGAUGAUCAAUGAAGCCUCGCAUCAAACUCUGCAAAAUAUAAGAGAAGUUCGAGUCAAUAACUGUGAGUUAGAAGGCAUCUUUCAGCUAGUAGGACUACCCAUUGAUGGAGAAAAAGAUCCACUAAUGUCAUGUUUGGAAAUGUUGUAUUUGGAAAAUCUACCUCAGCUCAGGUAUGUAUGUAAGAGUAAUGUAGAAUCAACAAACAUCCAAUUCCAAAAUCUUCAACAAAUGGAGAUAUGUGGAUGUCGAAGAUUAAAAUUUAUCUUCUCAUCCUUUAUGGCUGGAGGGCUACCUCAACUGAAAGCGCUAAAGGUAGAAAAGUGCAACCAGCUAGAUCAAAUCGUUGAGGAUAUUAGCACUGCAAUUCCUUUAGGAUCAUUUGGCCUUCCCAGCCUUGUAAGGUUAACACUAAUAUCAUGUCCGAUGCUGGGUUCACUGUUUACAGCAUCCACUGCUAAAACCUUGACUUCAUUGGAAGAAUUGACAAUAGAAGAUUGUCAUGGUUUAAAACAAUUAGUAACUUAUGGAAGAACUCUGCAAAAUAGAAGGGGAGAAAUAGUUCAGGAUGAUCAUCAUGACUUUCAGAGUUAUGUGUCAAUGUUUCAAAGUUUGAAAAGGAUUAGUAUUAUGAGAUGUCAUUUGCUCAAGUAUAUAUUACCUGUUUCAUUUGGAAGAGGACUGGUGAAAUUGGAAGCUAUAGAAAUCACAGAUACUCCCGAGUUGAGAUAUGUAUUUGGUCAUUCUUCCCAUCAAUAUCCAAACAAGUUCAAAAUUGAGCUUCCUGCUUUGGAAAAAGUAGCACUCUACUGUAUACCAAAUCUGAUCGCCAUUUGUCCAGAAAACUACCAUGCAACAUGCUCAUCUUUGCAACUUCUUGUCAUGAAUGAUGUUGGUCUAUCAAUGAAUAAUUGGAUGGUUGAUUCUGGAGCCGCACACUCAGAUCUUAGUUCUACUAAAACAGAUGAAGGAGAAACAAGUAUGCCUAUUGAGAAGAAGUUAACGUCUGUUAUUAUUGAGAACGGAUCCGAAAUGGAAGGCAUUUUUCAAAUGAAGGGAUCCCCAAGUGAGAAUGGACAACAAGUAAUGUCUUGGUUAGAAGACCUUAAAUUGAACAAUUUGCCAAAGCUAAUGUACAUAUGGAUGGGUUCCAUACAACAUUGUGUGAGCCUUCAACAUCUUCACAAAAUACAUAUUUGCAAUUGUCCAACACUAAAAUCUAUCUUCUCCAUCUCUGUCUUGAGAGUCCUGCCUCUGUUGAAGAUCCUAGUGCUAGAACAAUGUGAAGAAUUGGAGCAAAUCAUUGAAGAUGAUGACGAAGAAAAUGAAAAUGUCCCGAAUCCUCAAGUGUGGUUCUCGCAGCUAAAGUUUCUUCUUGUCACCCAAUGCAACAAAUUGAAGCAUUUGUUUUCUUUCCACACAUCCCAUGAAUUUCCAGAAUUGGAAUAUCUGACCCUCAAUCAAAAUUCUAGUCUAGUUCAAGUGUUUAAAGUAGUUUCUGGUGUGCGAGAAGGGACAAUGGAAAUUUUGCUUCCAAAACUGAAACAUGUAAUGCUAAUGCAACUGCCAAACCUCAAUAAUAUAUGUCAAGGGAUUGAGUUUCAGACUCUCACCAAUCUUUUGGUGCACAAUUGCCCAAAAUUCUUACUAACUUCAACGACUACUAACGAGGACAUGCUACAAACCUGUGAUAGUGACAAGGAAAUUGGUUUCUAUCUCCGUCCACACUUACAUGACAUAAGUUGUACAACAACAAAUGACCACGAGUUCCUUACAUCAAAGAUCAAAAACAAAGGGAUACAAGAUUUACAAUCACAGGAGCAGAAACUGUCACUCAUUCCUUUACCAAACUUGACAGAGGAGUUUGUUAAAGGACAAUCAAUGGAUGAACCUUAUUUGACGAGACAACAAAAGCCACUUGGAGAAUCUAGGUUUACUGAAGAGGAAACAGCAUCAAAGAAUGUGGAUAUAGUAGCUUUGUCAAUUCAUUCUGAAUCUGAUAGCUCACAUUCAAGUCCAUUAGCUACCUCUCAAAGUAGGUCACAUCCACAUUAUGAAAUCAGCUUCAGCCAAACCGAGACUUACACUAAUAAAGAAAACAAAGACCGUCCUGUAUAUAUAGGUGACUCGGAGGACAAUGAUCUCAAACCUGUCAAAGAAGAUGAUGAAAGUCAAAUAGCCACACCUUGUGUUUCUGAAGCAACUGCAGUGUGUCAUUCAACUGAAUAUAACUUCGUUGAAAAGGCUCUUUCUGACCUGGAAGAGUCUUUGAGGAUACCUCUAAGGGACAUAGCUAGCUCAGAGGCAAACAGCCUUCGCCUUCUAACGACUCUUAACUUCUUGUCCCACCUUUCUUUAAAAGAUGUAGCUCUAUCAGAUGGACUCCAAGCUGUAAUCGACACUAUGCACACAGAAUUCCCAACCAUCCUACGCUCCUUCAAGCAAGCCUUUUCUAUCACAGACAAAUUUGCUAUGACUGAUGCUCAUCAUGACGAGGUAGCCAUUACUCUUGCUUCCAAAAUUUCCAACGCGGAAAGUUUUUUGAAUGAAGCUCAACAGAGGGAAGCAGCUUUAAAGGAACAGAUCAUUCAAUUGGAGAAAGAAGUAAAAUGUCUUCAAGAGGAAAAUGAAAAAUGCAUUCAAGAAACUAUAGGCUACAAAAUGGAGUUGGAGAAUGUGGUCAAAGACAAGUAUGAAAUUUUGGAAGAUCAAAUGAAAGCUCGGCAACAAAUAUUUGAGGUCGAUUAUAAAUGGUCUGCUUUACUUAGUCAGUUUCAGUACAACCACAUUGUUGCAAGAAAUCCUUCUUGACGAUUUUACUUAUUUGUUACUUUUGUUUUAAUAAACUGAAGAGAUUCAAUAUCCUAAAAGUAACGGAUACACUAUAGGAAUUGAUUGAAACAAAAGUAAAGUUUAGUACUUCUAAUCUGUCAUAUUUUAUUAUGAUUUUUAUGAUUUUUUUAUAUAAACUAUUGGAUUUUGCAUCAAGUGUAUCUCAUAAUGGUGAGAAAUGAAGGAACUGAUAUGUAUUGCAGUUGUAAAAUAACAAUAAGGUUAAAAAUCGUUUGCAACACAACCAGAAAGCACAAAUGAAACUCAGCU